GGCUCCCGGCCAGGAUGACGGACGGCCCCCGGCCGCCCCCGGCCGCCGCGUCGUGUAGCCCGCCCGUCCCCGCCGAGACCGCUGCCGCCGGGACCAGCACGACCACCGCCGCCCCAGGGCCCGCAGCUCCCGAGGCCUGAGCCGGGGCGCGGGCUCCACCUCUAAGAUGACCCGCACGGACCCGCCGGACCUGCUGGUGUCGACUGUCUACCAGGACAUCAAGCUGGCCGCGCCGGGCCCCGCCGCCUCGGCCCGCCGCCCGCCAUGUGAGCGGGCCCCGGCCCGGCCCGCCGGCCCCGGGCCCUUCAACAAGCGCCACUGCCGCAGCUUCGACUUCCUGGAGGCCCUGGACGAGCCGGGCAUGGAGGGACCCCCCGCCCGCCGCGGACCCCGGCGGCCCGCCCCGCCGGGCCCGGAGCCCCCCGGGCCCCGCCGCCGGGCCCGGGACGACGGAGGCGGCGGGGGCGGGGGGCGCGACGCCCACCCCCAAGGGGAGCCCAAGCGCCGGGCCCGCUCCAAGAGCGCCCCGCGACCCCCGGCCCCGACCCCGGUUCGGCUCGGCCGCGAGGCCCCGCGCGUGGCCUCCGCCCUCGAGGCCUACCCGUGGCGGGAGGCCCCGGCCCCGGCGGCCAGGCCCCUGGCCAACGAAGUCCACCCCAUCAAGCUGCAGCCGCAGCGCAGCGGCGCCGUCUUGGUGGCCCCCCCGUGCCCGGCCCCCCGCCCGCCCGCCCCGCACGUCCGCUGCCGGCUGGACGUGAAGCCGGACGAGGCCGUGCUGCGGCAGGCCGCGCGCGGGCCCCGGCAGGCGGCUCGGUCCCGCGCGCCCGCGCCCGGCGACGGCCCCGCCGGGGAGCCGCGGGGCGGGCCCUGGAAGGGACCCCCGGGACCCACGCAGUUCUUCUACACCGAGGCGCCCAGGCCUUACCGCGCCAGGGACCCCCCGGCCCCCGCUCCGCCCGCCGGGCCUUACUACCCGGAGCGCAGCAGGACCUUCCCCGCCCGGGAGCCCCCCGGCCGCGGCCAGGCCGAGCCCCCGGGGGGACCCCGGAGGUUCUUCUACCCGGAGGAGUACGGCCCUCUCCGCGCCUGGGCCCGCGCGGGCCCGUCCUCCUCCUCCUCCCCGGCCUGGGGGGACCGUCGGCCCCCGCCCCCCGGGGCCCCGCGGGUGGCGGCGCCCCCGGCCCGGCUCCCCGGGGCCGGCCCGCCGCCCUUGGCCGACGCGCGCCGGCCCUUCUCCCGCUCCUGGGACAACCUCCUGGGGCCGGGCCCGCGGAGGGCCGGGCCCCUGGCCCCGGGCCGCAGCGUCGAGGACCUGCCGGGCCGCGGGGAGCCCCCGCGCCGCCCGCCCGUCGUGGUCACCCUGUCCAGCUCGCCCAAGCGCUACGCGGCGCUCUCGCUGUCGGAGAGCUCGCUGGCCGAGCCGGGCCCCGGGGACGGCGGCGGGCGGACCUGGUUCGUCACCCCGGAGAUCACCAUCGCCGACAACGACCUGCGGGCCCGGGGCGGGGGGCGGCCGGCCGGCCGGGAGCCCCCCGGCCCGGCCUCCGCCCGCCAGCGCAGCCUGGAGCAGCUGGACGAGCUCCUCACCGACCUGGCCAUCGACGGGCGGCCCCCGGCCGGCCGCCCGCCGCCCCGGCGCGACCCCGGCGGCCUCGCCGGCCAGCUGCGCCGCCUGCUCGGCGAGGGCCCGGCCUCGGCCUCCGGGAGCCCGGCCCGCGGCCCGCGGGACGAGGAGGACGGACGGGAGGAGGAGGAGGACGAGCGGGGGCAGGAGGAGGAGGAGGAGGAGGGGGAGGAGGAGGAAGGCCGGCGGGGCCCGGACGUCGGGGGCUCCCCGGAGCCGAGCGCCGACGAGGACGACCUGAUGAUGUGUUCCAACGCCAAGUGCCGCCGGCUGGAGACCCUGUUCAACGCCUGCCUGUACUUCAAGUCGUGCCACAGUUGCCACACGUACUACUGCUCCCGCCUGUGCCGCCGCCAGGACUGGGGCGUCCACAAGGAGAGCUGCGUGUACGGCCGCGUGGGCAGUGUGUGCCGCCACGUGCUGCAGUUCUGCCGCGACAGCGGGCCCGUGCACCGGGCCUUCUCGCGCAUCGCCCGCGUGGGCUUCCUGUCCCGCGGCCGCGGCGUCCUCUUCCUGGGCUUCCCCAGCCCCGGCUCGGCCGAGAACUUCCUGCGCUUCGGCCUGGAGGGGCUGCUCCUGUCGCCCACCUACCUGUCGCUGCGGGAGCUGGGCGGCUACGCGGACCCGCUGGGCGGCUACGGCCGCGAGCUGCAGGCCGCGGGCCGCUGCUACGAGCCGGCCGAGUGCUUCCUGCUCAACGUGGCCGUGGCCGUGGGGCCCGGGGCGCCCCGCCGGCCCUCGCCCAAGAGCCCCGGCCCCACGGUGCGCAAGUUCGCCAAGGUGGCCCUGGCCCCGGCCGGCCCGGCGCGGGGGGCCCCGGCCGGGCCGGAGCCGGACCUGGACACGCUGAUCCUCACCCCGCCGCCCGGCACGGCCGAGCCGGGCCAGGAGGGCGAGGCCGGCCGCCGGGCCCGCGAGGUCUGCUUCAUCCACAUCCAGCGCCAGCUGCGCCUCCGCGGCGUCUACCUCCGCCGCCAGUUCCCGGCCGUCUACGAGCGGCUCUGCCAGUUCGUCGAGGGCACGCGGCGCUUCACGCCCACCACCAUCUAUCCCACCGACCGCCGCACCGGCCGGCCCUUCAUGUGCAUGAUCAUGGCCGCCUCCGAGCCCCGCACCCUCGACUGGGUGGCCAGCGACAACCUGCUCGACGACCUCAUGUGACCCUUCGCCGG